AUGGGUUUUUUCGAAGAAAUAACACACAACUAUGGAUCCGUAACAACAAAGGAAAUGAAAUUAUGGAGUACUAACAACAAAAAGAUGGCUGCUGCUUUAAACAGACGAAUAUUUCUUUUGGAGUGCAAACGACAAGGACUCACACCAAAACACAUAACAUCUAAUUUAAAAAGUAUAAUGGGACUAUUUGAAUACGGAAAUCAACGAUUAAAUAAGAAAAUACGGGAAUUCAAUGAUGUCACAAAGAAGAAAAUUUUAAACCUAGAACUGUGUCAGGUUAAUCAAAAAAUAAGAAGACUACAAUUAGAAAAUGAUAAAACAAAACACAGGUUACGACAUCUGCCAGAAUACAUUCUCAAAGAAUAUCAACGCAGACUAGAGAUCUCGUUUAAUAGAGAGUUUCACGUAAUUAAAGAAGCCAAUAUAAGAAAAAUUAAUAACCUCAAAAACAACAGUAUUUCUAACUUCAAAACUCAAGAAAAAUGGAUUAAAAAUCUAUCCAGUAAAGAAUUACCGAACACAGUUAAAAAUCUUUUGUCUUUAGGAUCCAAAUUCAGUAUCCCAACUACAAAAAAAGACGUCAACAUCGAUCGUAUAAUAGCAGACACCGAAUAUAUUUUGGAAGCCAUACCAGCUGAAAGAAAAGAUAUACAAAGAGCAAAGGUUACAAAUGUAGUAACAAAUUAUAUCCAUAAACCCACUGAGCAAAACAAUUUAACUCAAGGAUGGUAUAGGGAAAGCAAAAGGUUUUUAAAAGAAAAUAAUGAUCUAGUGGUGUUGAACAGUGACAAGGGUGCAGUGACGGUCAUAAUGGAGGAGAGAGAUUAUAAUGAGAAGAUGAAAGCUAUCUUACAGUCAGAAAAUUUCAAGAGACUACCUAGAGAUCCUACCCAGACAAUACAAACAAAAUGUAAUAAGUAUAUAGACAGACUUGAAAAACUGAAAUACAUAACGAAAGAACAAGCAAAAACAAUGAAAAUAUACAACUCAGUUGCUCCAAGAAUCUACGGAAAUCCUAAAGUUCAUAAAAAUGGGUUCCUAAUGAGACCUAUAAUAUCAAGUCUAAAUAGUCCAAUGAAUAAGUUAUCUAAAUUUGUUGCUGACAUCCUAAAAACAGCAUAUGAUGAAGAAAAUGAAUACUACGUCAAAGACACUUUUCACUUUGCAAGAACAAUAAAUAAUUUCAAACUACCAGAAAACUACACGUUAAUUUCUCUUGAUGUCAUCAAUUUGUUUGGGAAUUUAGACAAAAAAGACAUAAUUGAAGUGAAAAAACAAAAAUGGAGUGUGAUAAAACUAUGUACAGAUAUUGAUGAAGAAUUUUUUAAAGAAAUAAUCCUGUUUCUGUUGGAGAAUAAUUACUGUGUUUUCCAGGGAGAAUAUUAUCUCCAGAUAUUUGGGUGUGCAAUGGGGUCCAAACUGAGCCCAAGACUAGCUCAAUAUGUAAUGGACCAUUUAGUGAAAAUAUGUGUAAGCAAAUUACCUUUCAGUGUACCAUUUUUGAAAAAGUUUGUAGACGACAUAAUAAUGUCAGUUCCAAAAGAACAAACACAGACUACAUUGAAUUAUUUCAACUCUUAUUCUGAAAACCUACAAUUCACCCUAGAGGUAGAAGAUCCAGAACAUAGUGUACCCUUCCUAGAUACAAAAGCUCAAAGGGAAGACAACAUAAUAAAAUUGAAAUGGUAUAGAAAAGAGACUCAUUCUAAUAAGAUGAUUCAUUAUAACUCGAAUCACAGUAUAAACAUGAAAAUUAAUGUAAUAAAACAGAUGAAGAAAAGAAUAAGUAGAAUAUGUCACGAAUCACAUGUAAAAGAGGGAAUAAGAAAACUAUUUACAAUUUUUUAA